AUGUCGAGAAUCGUCCUCAAUUGUGGCGUGGCCAGCGCGACUCGAGUGAGAAGUUACGCCCAGAAGCACCGCUUAAGACAAACUAGUGGAGUGAUACUUCUAACGAACGGACUGGCGUUGAGAGGCCACACGGACGCAUGGUCACAAACAUUGCAAAAGGCGCUACCAAUGCGGCUUGCUAGGAUUUAUUCUGUGACGCGCCUGCCUAACCCCGACUUCCUGCGAGAUAAGGUCCUGAUGGAUCACUUCCUACGGAUAAGGGAUGACGGCUCGAAGGCCGGGUCCACUGCAGAAGCGAGCCGGCGCUCUGCUCCCCGGGACAGUUACCAAGAAGCGCAGUCGAUGCACACCAAUAGAGAAGGCACCCAAGGUCCUCGCGUACUCCGACCUAAAAGAGUUAAGCCAGACAGUGUGAGCGCGUGCGUGUCGCCGAAGCAGGGAGCGUCUGACGUCAUGCUCCCAGGGGGCCGCUGCGUGCCCAAACAGCUGAUUGUUCGACCACCA